AUGACUUCCCUCCAGAACAAGGUCGACGCCGUCAAGGCCGCCAUCACACCGACGACAACAUGCACCUCCGCGACGACAGUCCUCCUCAAGGACCUCCUCAUCGCCGAAUCCGAUUCUCACACGUCACCACCACCACCACCAACAACAACAACAACAACAACAACAACAACAGCCUCGAGCAACCCCACCAGCAAGCCCGCGAGAGGCGCGUCCGCCCGCCCCAAAACCCCCUCCACCACGCGACAGCGAGCGCCAACGACGACGACGACGACGAGAACAACAGCAGCGCGCCAGCCGAAACCCGAAAAUGACCUCUCGAGCAAGGAAAAGGCCGCCCUCGCCACCCAUGUCGUCAACGCCGGCCUCAAAGCCCUCACCGAGACGGCCAAACCAGCUACCACGGCGCCUCCGAGUCAACCCACCGAACCAGCGCCACGAAAGCGCUCCGACGCUGAGCCGAGAAGAGGCCUCCGACGGUCGAGCUCCAUGCCCAUGUCGCCCCUGCAGCCGCGCGCCCUGAACCGCGUCUCGACGUCGCCGAUGCUGCCCAAGACGGCCACCGGCCGGCCGCAGUCGGCCCACGGCGGCGCCGCAGCGUCCAGCUCGUCUUCGUCGUUCGCCAGCGCGUGCCUGCCGCUCGUCGAGUGCCUGCGCGUCUCCUUUGCCUGCCUGCGUUCGCUGCACGCCGCCGGCAAGGUGACGCUGCCUGAGGGCCAGCUCGAGGCCGGCAUGUCCUCGUUUGUGACGAAGCUGCUGGGUCUCGGCCUGCAGGACCACGCCCUGAGGGAACUGGCCGUCUUGAAGAGGAGGCUUGCACAGCUGGAUGCGACGAAGCCGAGCACCAAGACGGAUAAGGCGGCGGUGGCGGCUUCUCAUGCGAACACACUGGCGACAAAUCCGGCCGAUCUUCUCGAUUACGGCGCCAUCAAGGCCUCUGGUGCGAUUCUCGGCCUCGUCAUCACGUCUCAGCUGCACGCUCUGCGACUCAUCGCGGCGGCAAAAAAGCCUGCUAUGGUCGAGGCGGCGGUGCCCUUUCUCGGUGACCAUCCUUCCUCACCGAUGAACCUGUUGUCGCGAUACGCCAAAGAGUCGGCAGCGGCGAAAAACAAGGCGGCGCGCCAGCUCGAACAGUUCUCCCAGCUCAUCUUGUCCCUGCCGCCAAGCGUGUCCAGCAAGGAGGAUACCCUCGCCACCGAGAAUCGCCUCAGCUGCUCACCGACGGCAGCUCUCCAGCUCCACUCUCUCGGCUUCGAAUACCGCCUCUGCUGGUGGGCCAUGGCCGGACACGAGGCCGACGUGGACGGCGAUCUCAUGCUGCCCCUGUCUCGCUGCAUGGCGGCUUUCGUCCGGCGCUGCUCGACGCCCACGCCGGCGGCUUUCCAGGUCGCGCGCGGCGCCUACACGCGCAUCACCGACCUCUGCGCACAGCAGCGCCUGCAGCCCUCGACCUCAGCCUCUUCCCCGCUGGCGGCCAUCUACCAGACCCUCGGCACCCUCGCGCAGAGCGCGCGCCUGUUCACCGAAGCCGCGACCUGGCUGACACUGGUCAAGGGCCACCUCGACCCGGAACAGAGCUCGGCCGCCAAACGCUGCUCGGUAGCAGCACAGCUGCUCGCUGUUCAGGCGAAGCGCGAGGACACGCCGACCGAGGAGCUCGAGUCUCUGCUCCAAGCGAUCAUCGGCGAGCUCAAGGGCACACUCAAAGGCGACUCGGCCGAGCUCGAGGAGCUCAUGAUUAACCUCACGGCCGCGAGGCGGUCAACUGUCGGCCUCUUGGUUCACAAGGAGUCUUCCUUACCUCGACAUACGACCGCCUCCUGUCACGACUUUGUCCUGCAGUUUCCGCACUUUGCCCUGCGCUGGAUGGGCAAGGCACCGGCGAGGGACGCCGACGCGAAACACACGAUUCGCUACGACCAACGACGGCAGACUCUCCUCGCGACGGCCACGCAGAUUAUGGACUCGGCCUUUGUCGUCCUCAAGGCCAAGAUUUCGAAAGACGACAUGCCGUGGACUCAGCUCGACGGAACGCUACAGGACUGCCUCACGCUUCUUGAGCACCUCGGCGAGACGAACCUGCUGCAGAAGAGCGACGGCGCCAACACGUACCCUGUCAAGGUCUCCUCGCUCUACUACUACCAUGCCGAUCGUGUCCAGCGCAGCGGCGGCGAAAAGGAGGACAGCAAGGCCGUUCUGCGGCCCAUCAAGCGCUCGAUCGAGGCCGUCGCCGACCGGUCGCCGCGCGAAAAGGAGCGCGCCCAGCUCGUCAAGAAGCUCGAGCGCUUCUCCGAGCUCUCGCGGGCUUCUGGGCGCCUCGCUGAGGCCCGCGACGCUCGUAAGGCCAUCUGCACAAACAUGGUGGAGGAUGGCGUCCUCGCAGCCGUUGCCGCGAGCCUCAAUGACAAGGCGCCCGCCCUGGCCUGGAGGGCCGACGCCAAGACGGAGGCGCUGUCGCGCACGCUGGCCGCCAUGGUCAAGCUCGACCAGGCCUGGAGCGACUGGACGUUUUUCCUCGCCGAGCUCGAGCGCGCCGCCGUGCUCGAGCACCUCAUCCAGAUCAUCGUCUCGGAUGCCGCCAAGAGCAGCGGCAGCAGCAGCAAACCGACCGGCCUCUCGAGCUCCGUGCCCGAUGCCCUGCUGAGGCUCUACUCGCUCGAGCGCUUCCCCGUCCGCAGGCUGCGGACGCUCUGCCUGCUGCUCGCCAUGAGCAUGGGCGAGCAGCAGGAGUUCCAGUCCCUGCGCGUCCAAGUCGAUGCGACCCUCGAUGCCUGCCGCAGCAGGGCCUUCGGCGACGACGCUUCCCUCGCCAAAUUCCUCCCCCACCACGAGGCAUAUCUCGCAUCCAUGAUUGCUCUCAUCGACACAGAUCCAGCUUCGGCGACGAACGAUCUCGAGGCGCCUGUCGCGGCAUGGCGCGCCAUGAUCGCGCGCUGCACAUCCGUCGACGACAUGUACGCCUGCGUCGAUGACCCGGAGCAGCUCUUGCGACACUUUGGCUCCGUCGAGGCCUUUGCCAACUUGCGCGGCGACGAUGCGCUCCGUCUCGCCGUCCUCGAACUAUCCACCGACCUGGCCCGCCUCAUGACGAGCUCGUCCAUCAACGCCGUGCUGCUCAGCCACAGCGCCCUCGCCGACCACUACCUCGAUCUCGGCCACGAAGCCAAAGCCAAGGACAUGCUCGCCAGAGCCGCUCUGCUCGCCGCACCAGACGAGUCAGAGGCGGGCCCAUUAUCGGGGUCGGAAGUGGCCUGGGUGAGCCUCCAGCUGUCAUCGGUCGAAUACCACCUCGCUGCGCACAACUACGUCGAGGCCGAGGCAGCUCUCGCGGAGGCCAAGGCCGCGUUUGACAAGCAGACGACGCUGCAAAAGGGCUCCAGCCUGCAGCGGAGGCUGCUCCUCGCGCGCGCGACCUAUGUGUACUCACUCGUCGCCAUGGGCAAGGGCGAGACGCACCAAGCCCUCAACUAUGCCAAGAACAACGUUAAGCUUUUGUACUCGAGCUGGGCCAAGCUUGAGGCCCGCAACCCCGCCGCCUCGCACGAGUCCUCGCAGCUGUCCAUCGUAACCAGCUCCGCCGACGAGGAUGACAGCGGCAGCAGUGUCCAGAAGAGCACGACAGGCACCAACAGCAGCAGCAUCCUCCACGUUGCCGAUGGGCCCGACUACUGGGCCCUCGCCUGCGCCCUGCUGCGGAGCAUGUUCCACCUGUCGUCCGUCUAUGUGCACAUCGGCAUGUUCCAGGAGACGCUCUACUAUGCGGAAAAGGCCCUGUCGAUCGCAGAAUCCAUCGACUCGCUGGCUCACAAGACGCAGGCACAGAGCUGGAUUGGAUCCGUGUGGAUCAGGGCCAACAAGCCUGAGAAGGGACUCAACCUGCUCCAGCGAGCGCGGGAGACGCUUGAGUCGCAGAAGCCGUCGCGACGAGCCAUGCGCCUGGCGUGCGAACUCAGCGCCUCAUACGGGUUACUCAAGGACCGGCAGAGCGAGGAGGAGCUGUUCGGCACGGCGGAGGCCAUGCUCAAGAUGCUCAGCAGGGCCGGCGUCGGCGGUGUUUCUGCGAACGAGGAUGUGGUGGAGAAGAUGCAGAAGCUCACCCUCGACGAUGCGGCUACCGCGACGAAGACCGCGCGAGCCGCCCGCACGACGCGCGCCACGAGAACGACGCGUACUUCUGCGGCGGCACCCAAAGUUGCAGCCAAGAAGCCUGCCACGAAAGCAACAAGGACGAGGGCUGCUGCGCCCAAGACGAGAACAGCUGCUGCCGUCGACAUUGCUCCCAAGGCCCCACCCAAGUCUCCCGCGCUGCAGACCUCGAUGCUCAUCAGCAAGGCACUCGCGCACCUCGACAAGAAGGACUGGCCGGCCGCCAUGGAGCUGCUCGACGAGUCGCAGAAGACGUCCGUCGGGUUGAGGCAGUCUCUCACCGUGCAGGUCCACAGGGCGGCCUGUCUCAUCGGGCAAAGCCUCGAGGAGAUGCUCCACGAUUCCGUCUUCUCCGUCGUGCAGGAAUCCACCAUUUCCUUCCCUGCCGUCGCCGCCAUUGCUGGCACCGACAAGCAUGCCGCAGACAAGGCGGCCGCCGCCUCGCCACCUGCUAGGAAAUCGCGCGCGCGAGCCGCCACGCUGCAGAAAGACGCCAGGCAGGACACCAGCUUCGGCUUCGUCGAAUCGCUGCAAAGGGCACUCGAAUAUCUUGUCGAGGCACACUCGAUGGCCUUCGUCACAGGCGACGGCCACCUCGUGCUCCGCAUCUCUGCUCUCCUGCAGAACACAACAAUCUUCCUCUCGGCAGCCUCAAACCACACGGCCAAGAGCCUGCCGCAUAUCGACUUUGCAACCUGUUCCAUGGAGCUGGCGCGCAACGUGACGUGGCGGCGCACGCGCAAGAUGAUUGCCGUCGAGCAGAGCGACGCCCCCUUCAGUGAUAUCUCGUGGCCCACGGCCCUCGCUCUCAAAGAGGGCCGUCGACUGAGCUGCGGCGUGACGACCGACGUUGCCCGGUUCCAGCGCGACUAUGUCAACAUCAUCCCGGCGGCCUGGACCGUCGUGUCCAUUUCGCUCAGCGAGAACCGUCACGACCUGUGCAUCACCAAGCUGCAAGCCGACCACACGCCUUUUGUCCUGCGCUUGCCGCUUGAGCGUGCCGUCUCGCGUGACGCCGACACAGAAGUCUUUGACUUCGAACAGGGACACGGCGAGCUUCUCGAGGUCAUCCGCCUUAUCAACGAGAGCUGCCACGACGAAGGACGCGACUGGUCUGCCAAGGGCGCCAAAGCCGCAUGGUGGCAAGAGAGAGAGGCUCUCGACAAGCGCAUGAAACAUCUCCUCGACAACAUCGAACAGAUCUGGCUCGGGGGGUUCAAGGGUAUCUUCUCGCAGCACCCGCGGCGCGACGACCUGCUGUCGCGGUUUCAGAAGGCUUUCCAGAAGACGCUCGACAAGCACCUCCCGUCACGGAGGCAGGUACGCGGCAAGAAGGUCAACACAGCGCCCAAGAUCACGCUCGACCCGCGCAUCCUAGACCUUUUUGUUGGCCUAGGUGAUCCCGCUUCACCUGAUUUCGACCUCGACGAGGCGCUGACGGACCUUCUCUACUUCGUCGUUGAUAUCCUACAAUUCCACGGGGAGAGGAACGCUUACGACGAGAUUGACUUUGAUUCGAUCAUGCUGGAGACGUAUGACGCACUGCAGGUAUAUCAUGCAGGCCUGAAGAGCUCGGAUCCUGUCGAGGGGGCACACACCAUUCUCAUCCUCGACAAGGCCCUACAUGCCUUUCCCUGGGAGUCACUGCCCUGUAUGGACGGGCUCGCCGUCUCUCGCGUCCCCUCCAUGGCAUGUCUCCGCCGCCUUAUUCUGGAGCAGCAAGACGACGCCGUCACUGGGGAGAAAACGCCGGCGGGCCACACAAUCUCGGCGAAGAAGGGCACCUAUAUCCUAAAUCCGGGCUCUGACCUCCCCAAUACGCUCGGCACAUUUCAGAAACCUCUCUCCGCCCUCGACGCGACAUGGUCCAGCGUUGUCUCGCGCACCCCGAGCGAGGCCGAGUUUGAGGCUGCGCUCCGCGAUUCAGACGUGCUGCUCUACUUUGGUCAUGGUAGCGGUGCACAGUAUAUCCGCAGCAAGACCAUUCGCCGCCUUGAAAAGUGCCGCGCCGCGGCGUUGCUGAUGGGCUGCAGCUCCGCCAGUCUUACGGAGGCCGGCGAGUUCGAGGUCCACGGCCCCGUGUGGAACUACAUGAUGGCGGGGUGUCCCGCUGUUGUCGGCACGCUGUGGGACGUGACGGAUCGGGACAUUGACCGUUUCGCUGGACGGCUUUUUGAGGAGUGGGGCCUCAUGGUCAGGGGAUCGUUCCCGGUUGACAAAUGGUCUGCCGGGCCAGCGAGCCUGGACGUCGUCGCGACAACGUCUGUUGUGGAAGCUGUCGUGAAAGCGAGGGAUGCGGUGCGAUUUCGGUACCUCACGGCCGGCGCUGUCUGUGUGUAUGGUAUUCCCGUCUAUGUACGACCAGACACGCGGUGA